AGCGGGGGCAAUGCCGUCAUUGUCACCAUGCGUCACUGCUAAGCGGCAGUCCGAGUGUUGGUCCUGCGCCUUCCACUCUGCCGUGAGGAUCUCGCUGCAGCCUGAUGCGCAGCCCUCACGCUCCCAUUUUACAGAUGAGAUGGCGAACUUGAGUCACCCCGCCGCGGUCUCAGGUCACCAGUGGAGCGUGCGCUCCGCGGGCGCCCGUCCCUGCCUGGCCCAGGGCUUUCCGGCCCGGGAUGGUGUGCGUGGAAGCCUCGCCCGCGAUGUGGGAGUAGUGGGAGGCCGCGGGCCGGAGGCCGCGAGGGAUGAAGCUCGCCCUGGAGAGGCUGCCCUUCCGGUGCGGCGCGCCCAGAGCGCCGGCCCGGGCGGUACCCGCGGGAGGGCAGUGGCACCGCGUGGUGUCAGCUACGUGUGACAAGCCCGUGCCCUGACCCGCCCACACACCCUCCUCCUCCAGCUCCCGGACGAAACGCCGGGGCCUGGUGUCGCUUGGUUGCACCCCGCACUGGGCUAGGGCUCGGUGACAAUGCGUGAGAGACGACGCAGCGGGGCCCCAGCCACGAGGGCGGCGCCCAGCGAAGGCAGGGCUGAGUCCUCGGGCUCAGUCCACAGGCGGGAGACGCGCAGGGCCGACGUCUGCGCGUCAGAAGGCCUCCCGCCCUGCCGUGGCUCGCCGCCGCCGCCGCAGCGUCGCGGCCACACCCCCGCCCCGCGUCCCUCUGCGCGGCGGGGACCAGGGCGGCCGGCCGCGGGCGCGCGCACCUCGGACCCGGACCCGCCCGCCUCAGGGACCGGAAGUGUGGCGCGGGGGACCGGAAGCGCGGGUUCCUGAACUGGGCGUGCGCGGAAGCGGACGCGCCGAGGACGCGCAGGCGCGGGAGCCGCGAGUCCCGUCGCCUUCUCCCCGACCCUGCUGUCCACGGGCGACCCCUCCCCGGCCCCGGGCGGGCGGCAGGUGACAUGGAGAACGCUAAAGACGGUGACCACAGCGUGACCGAAGAGUCUCCUGCAGCCCAGGCCGGAGCCGAGAGCAUCGCCAAGCAGGCGCCUCCGGAGCAGCAGGCGCAGCUUCUGUAUCCUGAGGAAACCAUUGAUCUUGGUGGAGACGAGUUUGGGUCUGAAGAGAAUGAAACCGUAUCGGAAGAUUCUAACCACUUUGCCGAUAAGCUCAAUGAGCACAUGAUGGAGAGUGUCCUUAUUUCUGACUCUCCCAAUAACAGUGAAGAUGAUGUGGGUGACCUUGGCUGUUUGCAGGAUGUUGUGGAGCCCGUAGAAGGCAGCACUGAUCACAGACUGGACAGUAAUACCACAGAGAAAGAAGAAGUGGACGCUCUAAGUAAUGACAGUGAAACUGAUGGAGACGACACACCCAGAGAUGUUUCAGACAUGACCCCUGAUAGCAGAGCAUCUUUGAAAGAAGACUCAAUGCGGGAGGACGUGAAAGGCAGGUCCUCUCUUGGGAACGCCGGUGCAGAGGAGUUGAUGCCUGGGGGUGAAAGUGCUGACCCAGAAGAGCAGGGGUCAGACCUGUCUUCCAGUCAGUCCUCUUCCAGGGAUGAGCCUGUGCCCGUGUGCACCAUUUUCAGCCAGUCAAAUUCAGCUCCUUCCCAGCCACACUUGUUUCUGCAUGAUGGCUUCGAGUCUCAGAUGGUGAAAUCUCCAAGUUUCAGCAGUGCGAGUGAGACUUCAGCCAAGACGCCUCCUCAGGUGGUCCAGCCCAGUCCAAGCCUGAGUAAAUUUUUUGGAGAUACGAUCAACGCUAAUUCUUUGGCCUCUGAUUUCUUUGAUUCCUUCACAACUUCCACUUUCAUUUCUGUCAGUAAUCCCAACGCAGGCUCUUCUGUUCCAGAAAAAUUGUCUUCACUCACUGCCCCUACGGGAGAGGAGUCCCCUGAUUCUGCUGACCCAUCUUACUCUGCUGGAAUGGCAAGAUCAGAAUCAGGUGUCUCUACCGCUUCUCUGGAAAUUCCCGAGUCUCCAAAACCUUUUUCACAGAUACAGACGGUAUUUGCAGGAAGCGAUGACCCCUUUGCCACAGCCCUGAGCAUGAGUGAGAUGGACCGAAGGAACGAUGCUUGGAUUCCCAGCCAGGGGACCAGGGAUGUCCUGAUUUCAGUAGCGACGCAGCAGUGCAGCACUGUGUUCAUCGACAAGGAGAACCUCACCAUGCCAGGCCUCAAGUUCGACAACAUUCAGGGAGAUGCAGUUAAAGACCUGAUGCUUCGCUUCCUGGGUGAGAAAGCUGCGGCCAAGAGGCAGGUCUUAAACGCCAGCUCGGUGGAGCAGUCCUUCCUGGGGCUGAAGCAGCUCAUUAGCUGCAGAAACUGGAGAGCCGCUGUCGACCUGUGUGGACGCCUUCUCACAGCCCAUGGCCAAGGCUACGGCAAGAGUGGGCUGCCCACCAGCCACACAGCAGACUCGCUGCAGCUCUGGUUUGUGAGACUGGCCCUGCUGGUGAAGCUGGGCCUUUUCCAGAAUGCCGAAGUGGAGUUUGAGCCCUUCAAAAGUCUGGAUCAGCCCGACCUGUACUACGAGUACUACCCGCACGUGUACCCUGGGCGCAGGGGCUCCAUGGUGCCCUUCUCCAUGCGCAUCCUGCACGCAGAGCUGCAGCAGUACCUGGGCCACCCACAGGAGUCCCUGGAUAGACUGCACCGGGUCAAGACCGUCUGCAGCAAGAUCUUGGCCAACCUGGAGCAAGGGCUUGCCGAAGACGGGGGCUCGAGCAGCGUCACGCCCGAGAGCCGGCAAGCCUCCAUUCAGCUGUGGAGGUCGCGUCUGGGCCGGGUGCUGUACUCCAUGGCAAACUGUCUGCUCCUAAUGAAGGACUAUGUGCUGGCUGUGGACGCGUACCGCGCGGUCAUCAGGUACUACCCAGAGCAGGAGCCACAGCUGCUGAGUGGCAUCGGCCGCAUCCUGCUGCAGAUUGGAGACAUAAAAACAGCUGAAAAGUAUUUUCAAGACGUUGAGAAAGUGACACAGAAACUGGAUGGACUACAGGGUAAAAUAAUGGUUUUAAUGAACAGAGCCUUCCUUCACCUCGGCCAGAACGACUUUGCAGAAGCCCACAGAUUCUUCACAGAGAUUUUGAGGAUAGAACCCACAAAUGCAGUGGCCAACAACAACACGGCCGUGUGUCUGCUCUACCUGGGCAAGCUCAAGGAUUCGCUGCGGCAGCUGGAGGCCAUGGUCCAGCAGGACCCCAGGCACUACCUGCAUGAGAGUGUGCUCUUCAACCUGACCACCAUGUACGAGCUGGAGUCCUCCCGGAGCAUGCAGAAGAAGCAGAGCCUGCUGGAGGCCGUUGCAGGCAAGGAAGGGGACAGCUUCAACACGCAGUGCCUCAAGCUGGCCUAGUCCCCCGCAGGCCACUGACCUUUGUGCCCUGCGAGCCCUGGAGCAGAUGUGCUGCCGCCGCUCUGCCAGACUCAAUAAAAGCUCUCGCUGGAGCCCGGGAGCGCAUCUCCUUGAGCCAGGACCACGGUCAGGCCAGACCUGCACCAUCUGCUGACCCCCAUCCCCGCAGUGCUGUGUUGUUGCCUAUGUGCCAUCAGGACGGUGUCCAGGGCAGGAGCAGGUCCACCAUGGGCCCCAGCAUGUCCCUGGAAGCCACCCUCUCCAUUCAUCCUAAGCACCCCAGAGGAAAGCUGGGAGGAGGAAUAGCAGCUGUCCUCGGGAGGGCGGAGUACAUCACUGUCCACAUGCGGUGGCUUCACCCGACUGCUCUGCCCCUGCAGGCUGAGAGCCCUCCCCUACUCAGUGUUUCGCGCAGCGCGGGAGAGGGCAAGGCUGUGGCUGCCUUCAGGGAGGAGAGGAUCAGGAGCUCAGGUGCAGACUCCACAGAGAAGGUGCGGAACACUCAGUACCCAGGCUGGGGGAGGGCGGUGCUGCCCAGGCCCUGAGCAGCCUGCACUUGGCACCUGAGGGGACCUGGGCCCUGAUAUUCACAGAGAAAUUUAAAAGUACCUGAAAAUUUAGGCACUUCACUAAAGAACCUCCUUUAACUCUCUAGUUUUCCUAAUAUACUUUAACACGUUGAAGACUGAUUUAGACGUCUGUUGCAGAGCAGUAUUUCCACUCACUUCCACAGUAACGUGAAUAGAUACGGCACUACCA